UUACGAGACUAAUAGCGAUGACACAAACCAUUGUGUCCUGAAAAUGUUGCACAGAAUAUCGUUUGACUGCAAAAUGCAUGCAAUGCUAUUCCAGGCCUCAGUGUUCCGCACAUUCCAGCGAAUACUGGCGGACCCGUUGCGAGACUCGGGUGCCGUUAAAGAACUCAAAAGGUUCGCCAAAUUUAUUCUUUCGAAGUUUGUUUUGGCCGCCAAUAAGAACAACAAAAUCUUCUUUGAGUUACUUUUCUGGAAGACUUCCGGCGAAGCCUAUCAGGUGGAGGAGGGAUACCAUACCACUCGCAACCUAAAGGCUGCCAAACAGUUAUGGACUGAAGAGCAAGAACUCGAACUCAAGGUUUUGUUUGAUGAGUACAAGGAUAAGGGCAAUGCAGACAAGGAUUACGUGGAUCUCAUUCUGGAUCACUUGAUUGAUGACACGAAGACUAGAAGACAAGUGAUUAAAGAACUUAAACGACAGGAAAUUUUCGUUGAAAUCAAAAAGAGUAAAAAACGGCCCAAAAUUGAAAAUAAUAAUGUCAACAAAGAAUACAAAAGCAAUGAAUUCAUUGACGACAACAGCGACGACAGUGAAGAUGACACCAGAGUUCCCGAG